AUGUUGAGACUUUCCCAAGCUAGAGCUUCUGCAACUUUCACCAGACAAAUUUCCUCCACAUCUUCGCUCAUGAAGUCCGCCACCAGAAUCGAAACCGACGCUUUUGGUGAGAUCGAGGUUGACGCCUCCAAGUACUAUGGUGCCCAAACCGCCAGAUCUAAAAUGAACUUCAAGAUCGGCGGCCCUGCUGCUCGUAUGCCAAUUCCUGUUGUCAGAGCUUUUGGUAUCUUGAAGAAAGCUGCUGCUAUUGUCAACGAAAGCUACGGCACUUUGGACCCUAAGGUCGCUGGUGCCAUCAAGCAAGCAGCCACCGAAGUUUCCGAAGGUAAAUUGGACGACCACUUUCCAUUGGUUGUGUUCCAAACCGGUUCUGGUACCCAGAGUAACAUGAACGCUAAUGAGGUUAUCUCCAACAGAGCCAUUGAGAUCUUGGGCGGUGAAUUGGGCUCCAAGAAACCAGUGCACCCAAAUGACCACUGUAACAUGUCUCAGUCUUCUAACGACACCUUCCCUACCGUUAUGCACAUUGCGGCUGUCACUGAAAUCAACAACACUUUGCUUCCUGAGUUGAAGGCUUUGCGUGACUCUUUGCACAGCAAGGCUGAGGAAUUCAAGGACAUCAUCAAGAUUGGUAGAACCCACUUGCAAGAUGCUACUCCUUUGACCUUGGGCCAGGAGUUCUCCGGCUACGUUCAACAACUCACUAAUGGCAUUGCUAGAGUGGAGGCCACUUUGCCCCACUUGUUGUGCUUGGCUCAAGGUGGUACUGCUGUCGGUACCGGUUUGAACACCAGAAAGGGAUGGGACUCCAGAAUUGCCGAGGAAGUGUCUAACUUGACUGGUUUCCAAUUCAAGCCAGCUCCAAACAAGUUUGAAGCUUUGGCUGCCCACGAUGCCAUUGUUGAGGCUUCCGGUGCUUUGAACACUUUGGCUGUUUCUUUGUACAAGAUCGCCAACGACAUUAGAUACUUGGGUUCUGGUCCAAGAUGUGGUUACGGCGAGUUGUCCUUGCCAGAGAACGAGCCGGGCUCGUCCAUCAUGCCUGGUAAGGUCAACCCUACCCAAAACGAGGCCUUGACUAUGGUUGCUGUCCAAGUUAUGGGUAACAACAGUGCUAUCACUUUUGCUGGUGCAUCUGGUCAAUUCGAAUUGAACGUUUUCAAGCCUGUCAUGAUUGCUAACUUGUUGAGCUCUAUUAGAUUGAUUGCUGACGGUGCCAAGUCUUUCAGAGUCCACUGUGUGGACGGCAUCAAGGCUAACACUGACAAGAUCGAAAAGGUCUUGCAUGAGUCCUUGAUGUUGGUGACAGCCUUGAACCCUAAGAUUGGUUACGAUGCUGCCUCCAAGGUUGCCAAGAACGCUCACAAGAAGGGUUUGACUUUGAAGGAAUCUACCUUGGAAUUGGGCGUCUUGACUGCUGAAGAGUUUGACCAAUGGGUCAAGCCUGAGACUAUGAUCGGUCCUAAGAACUAA